ACAAGGUUUUCAACAGCGGAGAGGUGAAGUUGAAUGGUAGAAAAGAAAGAAGAGUGUUUAUUUAAUAAAAGAAUUUUUCUUGUGAAAAUUGUGAAUGUGUUAAAUUAUUCAAGUUGGUCGUUGAAAAUUCACGUGGUUUAAAACUGUGAAACAAUUGGAUCGUCUAGAGAUAGUUGAGUUUACGAAUAGAAAUUGAUUUAACUCAUAAUAUUCAAAUAUUUGAUUCACAAAAAUUAAACCAUGAAUGGCGCCAAAUCAUCAUAUUUGUUGUUAAUAUUUCUUAUACAUGGCUGUCUAACAUUAUCCUUAGCUGCUGCAGAUUCUGACAAUUCGUUAAAUGAUCUAUAUGAAAAUUUGCUUCAAAGGGAAUACACGGGUCCCAUAUCUUUCCCGAACCAUCAAGUGGAACGAAAAGCUCAAAGAUCUCCUUCAUUACGGUUGAGGUUCGGUCGAAGAAGUGAUCCAUCUAUGUCAAUUUUUGAAAAGAGAUUUUCCGAUGAAAUUAAUCAGAAGCCUAUACGAUCGCCAUCACUACGCUUAAGAUUUGGCAAGCGAGAUCCUUCAUUACCAUAUGGAAAUGACUAUUUUUCAAAUGACGUAGAUAUGAGCCGAGACUUAAGGGCUCCGUCACCGAGGUUAAGGUGGGGUCGACGAAGUGACCCAGAUGUUCCGAUUUUUGGCGACGAUUCGUUUAACGAGCUUGAUGUCCAACCAGAAAAACGGAAACCUGUUCGACUUCGAUGGGGUAGAAGCUACAUACCUGGAACAGAAGAGCUAUCGGACGCGCACUCAACAUCGGCUGAUAGCGUAAAUGAUCAAAAUACUCCGUCUACAGAAAGUAGAUUAGGGUUUUAGAGUUGUAUAGACAAGAAACACUUUCUGAAUUUAUUAUACCUUAGAUGUAUUAUGGACUGUUUUCAUUCAAUUAAAAAUUUGUUUUCGAAUGAAUAAAAAAAAAUACAAAAAUCAAAAAUUAAUUAUUGUGAAUUUUUGAUUAAAUUUAUUGAAGAAUACUCAAUACUCAAUGUGUAUGUAAAUAAUAGUUUUAAAAGAAUCAAUUUUUAUUUUAAAAUGACAAAAAGAUGGAGAACGGAAGCAAGGACAAUUAUUAAAAUUCAGAAUUUCGCAACAAUAUUUUGUAUGAGUUACUUAUUUACAUUGAUACAUAUAUUUAACUAUAUAUUGACUAUAGAUAAAUGUAUAUAUAAAGAUAAAAAGAAAAAAAUAUUCUAUUUAUGUGUAUCUAAAUUUUAGUCAAUAAAAAUAUAUUCAAAAAAUAAAAAAAUAAAUCGCAUU